AUGUUUCGAACUUUGGUGCGGAUGAACCGGCACGCGCGGCCCAAGGGCACGUCGUCGCGACCUUCUCACGGCAUCACGGACUCGCUGGGGUCGUCCAAGGCCGCCAAGGUGCCUCUGUCCGAGACGACUCUUCCUGGCGGCAAGUUGCCUCCCAGUUUGCAGGGCAAGACUGCUGAGCAGCGCCAGAAGGCCAAUCGAUUUAUGGGAAUCACUCUGAUUCUGGUGGCGGGCAUUCUGAUUGUGGCGGGCUACAAGUCGCAGAAGCGGAUCGGCACCAAGGAGCCCCAUGAGAGCAUCGAGACUGCUGUUCUGCAGCGGGUUCUGGAGGCCAACAGACAGGAAAAGGAGCGGGAGCGGGAGAAAAAGACCGAGUAG